UUGUGCUCAAUUCCCCUGGUUCUUCAGGGUCAGCCGUGCACAGAAACAUCACAGCAGAGACAGAGCCUGUUAAAAGCUUUGGGGCUUUAUUUUCUUAAACUCCCCUGGCUCCAUUUAAGCCUUUUUCUUCAACCACUUCUGCAAACCCUGUAUCGCAGCUCAGACGAGGCGACCUGGGGCAUGAUGCACCUCUGUUUUGUAACACCUUCCUCUGAUUGUGCCAUGCUGCCAGGUGAAUCAGAGACCUGCUGGGAACGGAGAUGCUAAUCUCAGUUCCUGAGAGGUGUACAGCUGACUUCACUGGUGUUAGCACAGUUACUCUGGCCCUCAUUGUAAGAGGGCUGAGGCUCAGUGGUUUAAACUGCUGGCAGCAUCAGCUGCCAUGAAGGUUAAGAGUCUAGUAACAAAGUGGUCAGGACACGCUGUCUUUUGUUCCUCUCUCUCCUCCUGAUUGAAAAGGCAGUCCUUCUGACCAGGAUCUAAAGGGAGUAUAGAAAGGUAGUUUAUCUGCCUUCGGUUUUGCCUUUAAAAUCUGUUUCUCCUAAGCAUUGAAUCAUUUACGGUUAGACUUAAUGAUCUUAAGGCUAUUUCCCAACUUAAAUGAUUCUUGGAUUUUUUUCUCUGGCAAACCUAUGAUUCUCUGUAUAGUUUUACCUGCAAAUCCCUUGUCCGAUAGAUUUCGGAGUGUGUCCAAGUUUCAUUGCCUGAGAAGGUGGUUGUGUAGAGGUUUUCACAGAGCCUUUGGGUCCUGGCAGCAAAAUAAGGCAGAUUUAGACCCAGAGGAGCUGUUGGAAAGCUUGUCUGGCUUAAUGAUUAACACCUUGCAAUGCUAUGGGAGUGUUAGGACAAAGAGACCUCUGGACUUGUGAGCUCUCCCAGAAGAAGCCAGCUGCUGGCCUUGCACUGAAACACAUCCAUUUACUAGAGAGAGGAUUAACUCCCUCAGGUAAUUUGAGUGGGUCUGUGAUCGAGCGUGUUGCCCAGGCUGCUUCCGCCUCCUGGCACCCUGUCUGAAUUGCCUGCACCAUAAUUGCCAUGAGCAGGAGAGACGCAGAUCACAAGGAUCUUUGAUCCUGAGAAACCAGCAGUGAACUUGCUGCCAGUUAACAGAAGGAAGGAGAAAUGCUGGGAGGGAAUAGAUGCAUGUGUGCUGGCAGGGGCUGCCUUUCCUCUGUCAAGACAAGUGUCUGCCCUUGAGCAGUUGAGAUCUUGCAGUCCACACGCAGAUCUGUUGCAUAUAAUGCUAAUACUCAGUGGAGACUACCUCAGCUGGGCUUUCACAGACGUGGCUGGCAACUUUGCCCAGAUCUGAAGUCUUAUUUGGGCUCUAAAUGUGAUUUUAAUGGAUAAUGAGAGGACUAAAAAAACAAAGGCGAAGGAAGCCUUGUGUUAAUUUGCUGUUUGGUGGAGAAACCUCAUUACUGGUCUCUCUGUGGCCACCAGCAGCAAGGGAUCAGGCAGCCAGCAAGCCUGUUGUUUCUCCUAAGUCUGUGCCUGAUGCUGCAGGGACACAUGGGGCAAUGCGCAGCCAGAGAAUGAGAUCAGCAUUUGGCUAGCACAAGGAAGGGAGUUAAUGUAGUGAAAAGCUGUUCCACCCAGACACCCUGCUCUCUCCAGGACAGAGAGCAGCUUCCACAGUUUGGAAAGGCAUCAGAUGCUGAGCAAAUAGAAAUGAUGGCUUGCCAGUGGCAAAUCUACAGUGAUAGCAAAGCUGGGUGGCAGGGCUCACCUUCCCUAUGGGAGGUGAUGGGAUUGCAGAGGAACCACAAGCUGACAGGUAGUUUGAAUGUGACACUGUCCUUCCCUCCCUCCUGCCUGGGCAGAGGUUUGAAAAUGCUGCUGAUAUGGUACCUUCGUCUAGAGGAAACAGGAACUAGAGCUCUCCAUGGUUCAUGUUUUGGCCUCCGGACUCUCCCUAUGACAGCCCUGUCUCUUCUGCUAGUGUUCACUUUCCCUUGCAGGUUGGAGGGUGCCAGCUGCCCCAGCUCUCAAGGACUUGCCAGUGUCAGCAGAGUGUGUACAAGCCCACCCCACUGAGUAGAUUGAGUCAGCCCGGCCACCUUGUGCAGCAUGUCCCUCCGCGAGCAUGCACUGUCCCUAUUCCGCAGGGCGGUGGGCACCGUCCAGCCGGCUCCAAUGCUGAAGAGGGCUGUGAAGCUCCAGGGAGACAGGUGCCCUCAGCUGGUGGUGAAGGGCCAGGCCUUUCCAGUGAAGAGGGACCUGUACCUGGUGGGUUUUGGCAAAGCUGUGCUGGGGAUGGCUGCGGCAGCAGAAGAGGUCCUGGGAGACCACCUCAUUCGGGGGAUCAUCAGUGUGCCACUAGGCAUUCAGGAGAGCCUGCAGCGAGCAGGAAUGCAGGAGAUGCUCCUGAAGCCACGCAGCAAAAUCCAGGUCAUCGAAGGUGCCAAGAACAACCUCCCAGACUCAGAGGCUCUGAAGGGAGCAGCUGCCAUACAGGAGCUGGCUGAGGGCCUGACUGCAGAUGACCUGCUCCUUGUGCUCAUCUCAGGGGGUGGAUCAGCCCUACUGCCUGCUCCCAUCCCUCCCAUCCUCCUUGAAGAGAAGGAGAAACUCACAAAGAUGCUGGCUUCCCGAGGAGCUGCCAUACAAGAGCUGAAUAUUGUCCGGAAGACUCUGUCCUUGCUGAAGGGUGGAGGGCUAGCCCGGCUCGCAUAUCCUGCACAGGUGGUGAGCCUCAUCCUUUCUGAUGUUAUUGGUGACCCCCUGGACAUCAUAGCAAGUGGGCCCACUGCUGCCAGCUCCCACAGUGUCCAAGACUGCCUGCAGAUACUCACCAAAUACAACCUGCUGCUCAACCUGCCCAAGUCAGUGGAAACGGUCCUGUCCAGCUCUCCCUCCGAGCCCACUGCUCCAGAAGACUACUCCCACGUUUGCAACAUCAUCAUCGGAUCAAACACGCUGGCUUUAGACGAGGCCAAACGCCAAGCCGAGGGCCUGGGCUAUGCCACUCUGAUUCUGAGCACAGCAAUCUGUGGUGAAGUCAGCCGCAUCUCCAUGCUGUACUGCCAGCUGAUCCAGCUGGUCUGCCUGGGCUUCGCCGGCCUUGGAGAAGGGCCCCUGAGUGACAAGGUGAGGGGGAAUCUCCUGCAGCUGGCCGCAGAGCUAGAGAUCCCAGGUUUGAACCUUGCCGAGUUUCUGCGUGCCCUGCGAGGAUUAGGGCCUGAAAGACCAGUCUGCAUCCUGGCCGGUGGAGAAACCACAGUUCAGCUCCAAGGUACUGGUAAGGGAGGGAGGAACCAGGAGCUGGCCCUUCGUGUGGGGCUGGGGCUGCACAGGGCACAGGCCAUGGAGACCAGCAGCCCCCCAGGCAGGUGUGAGAUUGUCUUCCUCAGCGGGGGAACAGACGGGCAGGAUGGGCCGACAGAGGCGGCAGGGGCCUUCUGCAGCCCAGAGCUGGUGGAUGAGGCGCUGCAGGAGGGCCUUGAUGUGGAGGCCUUUCUCAGCAACAAUGACUCCUAUACAUUCUUCAGCCAGUUCCAAGGUGGGCGUCACCUCCUGGUGACAGGUUUGACAGGCACCAAUGUCAUGGACAUCCAGACCAUUUUAAUUAGAGCCACAGAGAGAUCAUGAGAGCUCCCUCUGCAGAUAUCCAGAUGCAUUUAACUAGGAGCAGGGGUAAAUGAAGUCAUCAACACUGCAGUCAAAUACAAACUACUUAAAUUAGGGCUCGCUGUCAAGGGUGCUAAUACCUUUGACAGAAAGAAUCCACUAAUUAGACACGAGUGGAUGUCCACAGCAAAAGCAAGCACUUGUAAUUGGGAUCAGAGGAAGGUAAGAAAGAGGUCAUAUUACAGACGUGAAGGACAUAUUUAACACUUCUUCUGAGAGCCACCACACUUGUGACUGCUUCAACUAUAGUUAAAAGAUGUGGGGAAAUAGAGGCCAUGGUAGGGCUGCCAGGGAGAGCCCUCACUGCGGCUGUUGCACCCCCAGUGACCCCAGCUCAAGAGCAGCUCGGCAGCAGGCUUUUGCAGGUUCACAGGAGUGCAUUACAGUGACUGAAGGAUGUAAAACCAAUAGCAAGGCCUGCCCAGCUGGAGGCAUGGAGGUGCUGGGGGGAUGCGGUGGGAAGGGGACACCCAGCACCUGCUCCACACACCAGCGCAGUGCCCUGCAGCUCCUGCCACACCAGGGAACCCGAGGCGACAUGGGGACCCCAAGACCAGCAUGAUGCACACCCAGCAGCGUGGCUAAAGAGCACGUUGGCUGAGAGAUGCACUUGAUACUGGAUGCGUGACACAAAAGCAGCGCAUAGUGACAGUGACACAGAGGGUGGUAAACAUCCACUGUGCAGCAUAAGAAGGGGGAUGAUUGAGGUGCAGUGGCAAGCCAACUGAGUGGAGCCCUUCUCCUCCAGCCUCCUUCCCUCCACAGGGACAUCUUCCCUGCUGAUCCCUGUCAGGAGACCCUCCAUGCCAGCAGUGUGUAUGCUAUGAGCUUUCAGGGUGUUGUUUUCCAACUGCCCAGAAAACAGUCAUGCAUCCAGCCUGAGCCCCUGACCUUUCUUCUACACUGAGGCAGAAGUCGCUGUCACUCUGAUUAACUCUGCUAAUUCCACAGAACAAAAGGCAAGGAAACCUUCACGCUCAGCUCUCCUGACCCAUGCUGCUGAGCUGAUCAAAGGGCAAAGCUGCCAGAGCUGUGCUUUGACAGGGAGCUGCUCCCCAGCAUGUAUAAGGAUGCAGUGGUUAUUGCAGUUUCGUCACCUACUGCAGUGCAAUAUGUGGGAGAGCAGAGAUGAGCCGAGUUUCCCAGGACGUGGAGCCCACAGUGGAGCUGGUUUUCAGAAGGGUUCUGCCUGUAGCAACAGGCACGGUGACGGUUUUGGCUAGAUAUUAAAGGACUUCAGCUCAGCAGCCAGUAUGACCCAACACGUCCAACUCCUUUUGAAUAUCUGCCUGUUUGUUACAGAGCCUAAAUGGGAGCUGAGCUACUUUGAAAAUCCAGCCCUAAUUUAAUAGGACACGCUUGACUCAGACUCUUUCCAGACAGACCGACCUACUCCGUGUGGCUGAUCUCAUCUCGUGACAUAAAUACACCGUCCUGCCAACACCAUGAGUCGUGGUGUCUCACUGAACAGCUGUUCUGCACCCAGCUCCAAGAUGGAUCGGAGGGUGGAUUUUUGAGGAGGAUGCAACACCUCCUGCUUUGGUUUUGAAGCCAAUAUCUAACAAGAAGUGAUAUCAGCAGGACCAUCACGGGGCCCGGUAUCGAUGCCAGGCUGGCAGCUGGACUGUCUGGGCCACAGCCCAGGCGUAGUGUCAAGGCACAAGCCUGGGGAUUUCAAAACCCUGGUCUUACCCCAGUGGUUUAAACUCAUCCACGCAUCUCAUUUGUCCUCUGAGUCUGAAGGUCUUCUGUAACAUGCCUGAACUUGCUCCUGCUGGCAAACAGCUUUGAGAUCUGCUUGGGAAAACCUGCCAAGCGUUACAAAGCUCGCUGUGCCCCCGUAAUGUCAGGUGGCAGUUGCGCAGGAGAAGCUGCUUUGUGCCCUGCAUUUUUCUCGGGAGGUCGCUAGCAGGUCGCUGGCAGGUCGCCUCCUCCAUGCCCGGCAUGCCAGCACUGCAGGGGCACUAACACGCGCAGUGAUACAGCCGAAACGUAUGGGCUGCGGCCAGGAUAAUUGGCUAAAGCUGGCUCCAAAAUGUUGUUAAUGCUUCCUGUCCGAUUCCGCUCCAGUGAAAUCCAGAGUGACUCCAGUUUUGGGCUGGGGUGCCUGGCAGAAGGGUCACUGGCAUCUUCAGCAGCAGGUCCGGCGUGGCAGCCUGGGCAUGCUGUCACAGGCCCACCAUACCCCUGCGCUCUGCCCACAGACUGCCACACUGCUGAGCGCCGUGCUAGUCCUUGGAGCUGCUGCUCGUGCUGCGUUGCAGUCAAGUUUGGAAGACCUUGGGCUAGCGCUCACUGGCUUCUCCUGGGAAAUGCCUACCACACGUACCCUGAGCAGUGUCCUUGCUUUCUAAAGAGUGGCUUUUCACUAAUGAUUUAAAAGAGUUUGUGCUGGGGAGGAGAGAAUGCUAAUAAAAAGUUUGUUGAAAGGA